GAGCUGUGUAAGAGCACAGCGGAUCUUCUUCAGACACAAGCCCGGGAGAGGCCCAAAGUUGCGCUCGGCCUCUUCGGGGUGUUGCUGCUGCUGGCUAUGUUUGGCGGCAUCUGGCUGACGUCCCGGGGUGCUGUUCCUGCAGCUGAUGUUGCACUCCCGGCCUCUGUGCACAGCACCACCGCGGCCGCAACUGCAGAAGUGGUCGUGGAUGGUGUGGACAGCACUGCCAAGCCAGGAAGUGUAGCAGAGCCCGAUCCAGAUGAG